GUUAAACUGGAUCCCUUCUGCUGUCACAGCCGGCAACUCCAGACCUUGCUUAGAAAUCGCUUGACUGAGCUCAGAGUAGCUGUCUCCGGGUUCUAGCUGCUUAGGACUUCGAUUUGUUUGCUUAAGUUCUCCGUGUGUUACUAUCAGUCUUGGCUGUCUACGUCUGGUGAAGAACAGAUUAUUUAUUGGUGCCUAUCCUAGGGAAGGAGAUGUCCCAGGAAAUGCCUCAGACCAUGAGCCAAAUCACCAAUACUUCUUGUGCUUUGCAUGGAAAAAGCAACAACGCCCAGUUGGGCAGUUCCUGUGAGUGUGACUUGAAAAGAAAGACAGGCUAUUGCCAAGAAAAAAAAUUUAUUGCUCAGCCAAUAUUUGUUUUUGAAAACAGAAAUCAGGCUUUUAAGAGACCAGCUGAAGACACUAUUGACAAAGUAGAACAUGGAUUCCCUGGCUUUUCAAGAAAGCGUGUCCGAUCUUCAUCUUUCACUUUCCACACAGCAGAUGCCAUGCAAGAGUCAACACCCUCCCAAAAACGAAUGAGAUCAUCUUCCUUCACUGUCCUUCCUACAUUUCCCCCUUCCCAGCCAGUUAAGAAAAAUAAUGUUUUCAUGACUACAACUGCUUUACAAUGGAAUGUUGACUUCGAAAGGACAGAAAAAGGCCCUUGGGAGCCUAGUCAACAAUAUCCCAUUCUAAGACCUGCCAUUUUGCCACCACCUCAGUCUCAGAGAUGUGCAGAAUGGAAUGAGUUUGGGCAUCCCAGGGCUGUGGAAUUUUACAAGACUAAUGAAAAAGCAAAAAGUGAGUUUUCUGAAGAGAAUUCUCACAUGGCAAGUGAGAAUUCAACAAGUACUCAACCCUUAGUCAAAUCAUCUACUGGCUCAACUCUUUUAAGUCCUACCCCAAUAAAAAGUCAACAAAAUGAAGACAGACAUUCUUUACAAAGCCAUAGUUCUGAUUUCAUUUUUGGAGAAAACAUGAAUGAGAGAGUUUUGAGUCCACAAAAAUCCAUUGAGCUUCACCAAGAAAAGGAUGUGUAUAAUAAGGAAAAGCCAUUCUCUUCUACUCUAUCAUUUUCCUUCCACUUUUCAUGUACAAACUCUUGCAAAAACACAACUCUGAAAGAAUCAGCAGCCGCAUUCUCCUCCAAGCCAUCACCAAAAUGUAUACUGGAGAAAAUUGAAGUUAUAACAGGAGAAGAAGAAGAACAUAAUGUGUUAAAGAUCAACUGUAAACUCUUUAUAUUUAAAAAAAUAACACAAUCUUGGACUGAAAAAGGCAGAGGAACGUUGAGACUUAAUGACACAGCAAACAAUAACGCUGGGAUGCUACAGUCAAGGCUGAUUAUGCGUAAUCAAGGCAAUCUAAGGCUGAUUCUCAACAGCAAACUCUGGGCACAAAUGGAGAUACAAAGAGCAAGCCACAAAAAUCUACGCAUCACUGCCACAGAUUUAGAUGAUUGCUCCAUCAAAAUAUUUUUAAUUCAGUUUUCAGAGCAAGAGGUUGAAGGGAGAAAAGGAUGGAAAAAUGGCAAGGAUGAAGAAAAGUUUCACCUUACAGAAUUAAGCAGCUUAGCCCAUGCAAGUGCCAAAGAUAUUGGAUGCCUUUAUGCAGCAAUACAUCAUCGUCUUGUUGCACUAAGAACAUUUUAUAAGCAGGAAUUAGAUGUAAAUGAAAUUGAAACUGAGUCAGAAACAGUCAUCCAAUUAUUAAGCUGUGAUAGUUGUGAUGAAGAUGAUGAUAUGCUUAAAAUCACCACAGAUCGGUCAAAUACUUCUAGAUGGAACCACAGAUCACCAGUUGCCUGCUCAUGAUAGCCACCUAUGGUCCUGAUUACAGCUACAGAAAAACUAUUGAAAAUCCUCAACCAUUUCAACGUACCUUCAAGUGAGAAAACAUAUAUUCAUUGAAAGGUUUUUUAAAAAUUGGUUUUCAAGAAAAUUAGAAUUUGGUCUGCUUAAUACUUUCCAACUUGUGGAUUGUAAUAAUAAUAAUAAUAUUCCUACUACUUUAUAGUAGGAAUCUGAAUCUGAAGAAAAAUUACCAGAAUUUAUGAAGGCUUCAAACACAUCAUUUUCAGAGACAUUAUUUCAGAAUAAAAUUAAUCAGUAUUAUUCAUCACAUUGAUGGAUAGAAUAAUUAAAACAAUAAAUUAUUAGCUCUAAUAAAUGUCUAACUCAAAUAUUUUUCUCCAUUAUGUAUUAUCUCGCCAUAAUAUAUAUAUAUAUAUAUUUCAUAUACUUUAAGGAUUGUUCUUUUGAAAAAUACUAUUGCAAGUAUGAUUUAAGUCAUUAAACAAUUUUUACCCUUGGCAAAAAUGUUCUAUAUUUUCCACUUGGAUAUAUGACCUAAUAAAAUAUCAAAUGUG